UUAGCCUUAACAGUUUGUUAACCAAUUUCAAUUUUAUUGCCAUGGCUUGUUAUCUCUUUCAACAAAAUGGGUUUUCGACAUCAUUUUCAGAUUCACCUCCAACUCAUUAUGCUCUAAAAAUCCAGUCGUUUUCAGUGCUAACCAAAACUUCAGCUGACGAAUAUGAGUCGGGAGAAUUUGAAGCUGGAGGAUACAAAUGGAAACUAGUGCUCUACCCGAAUGGAAACAAGAAGAAAAAUGUGGAAGGUUAUAUCUCUGUUUACUUGGAAAUGGUUGGAGCUGAUUCACUUCAGACUGGAAGCGAAGUAUAUGUUGAUUUCAGGUUCUCUUUGCUUGAUCAGAAUAAAGGCAUGUUCCUGGUUCUUCAAGAUGCCAAUAAAAAGGAAAAAUGUUUCCAUGGGAUGAUGCGUUAUUCGGAUUUGAUAAGCUUGUCACUCUUAAAUCGUUUACUGAUGCUUCCAACGGAUAUGUUGUUGACGAUUCCUGUGUGAUUGGAGCUGAGGUCUUCGUUUGUAAAGAAAGAAGAGCUGGCAAUAGAGAGUCAAUAUCGAUGAUCAAGGAUGCUGUUAUG